AUCUUGAAUUCACUAUUUUGGAAACGUAAAAUCUUCAAAUCGGCCAUAACCUUCAAUUCACGAUUUUUGAAAGCUAAAAUCUUGAAAUCGGCCAAAAUCUUGAAUUCAGGAUUUUGGAAAGCUAACAUCUUGAAAUCGGUAAAAAUCUUGAAUUCACGAUUUUUCAAAGCUAAAAUCUUGAAAUCGGCCAAAAUCUUGAAUUCACGAUUUUUGAAAGCUAAGAUCUUGAAAUCACUCAGAAUCUUAAAUUAAGGAUUUUUGAAAGCUAAAAUCUUGAAAUUGGCCAGAAUCUUAAAUUCAGUAUUUUGGAAAGCUAAGAUCUUGACAUCGGCCAAAAUGUUAAAUUCAGGGUUCUGGAAAGGUAAAAUUUUGGAAUCCGCCAAAAAUCUAGAGUUUAGGAUUUUGGAAAGCAAAGUAAUAGAAAUCGGCCACAAUCUUGAAUUCAGGAUUUUGGAAAGCUAAAAGUUUGAAAUCGGCCAAAAUCUUGAAUUCAGGAUGUUGGAAAGCUUAAAUCUCGAAAUCGGCCAAAAUCUUGAAUUCAGGAUUGGGGAAAGCCAAGAUCUUGAAAUCGGCCUAAGUCUUGAAUUCAGGAUUUUGGAAAGCUUUAAUCUUGAAAUCGGUAAAAAUCUUUAAAUCUUCCAAAAUCUUGAAUUCAGGAUUUUGGAAAGCAAAGAUCUUGAAAUCGGCCAAAAUCUUGAAUUCACGAUUUUGGAAAGCUCAGCUCUUAAAAUCGGCCAAGUUCUUGAAUUGAGGACUUGGAAAAACUAAGAUCUUGAAAUCGGCUAAAUUCUUGAAUUUACUAAUUUUGGAAAGGUAAAAUCUUAUAAUCGGCCAAAAUGCUUAAUUCAGCAUUUCGGAAAGGUAAAAUCUUGAAAUCUGCCAAAAUCUUCAAUUCAGGAUAUUGGAAAGCUAAGAUCUUGACAUCGCAGAAAAUCUUGAAUUCACGAUUUUUGAAAGCUCAAAUCUUGAUAUCGGCACAAAUCUUGAAUUCAGGAUUUUGGAAAGCUAAGAUCUUGAAUUCGGCCAAAAUCUUUAAUUCAGGAUUUUGGAAAGCUAGGAUCUUGAAAUCGGCCCAAAUCUUGAAUUAA